AAAGUGAAAAGAAACCCCCCCAAAAAAAAAUCACUCGGGACCUUUCACUGCUAGCUGUUUCAAUUAUUUAUACUCUCUCACCUCCGCCCGUCUCUGUGUCCCUCUUUGUCUUUCCUUCUCACUUUACCUCGCCUGUCCAUGGAAGAAAAACCGAGGAAUGUCCUUCUCUUGUUUGCCUUCACCAUUUUCCUUUCUCUCUCCACCACUUCCUCACACUCACACCACUACCAGACCUUAGUUCUCAACCCUCUCCCUAGCCAGCCCAUUCUCUCCGAUUCCCAAGCAGAAACUCUCACCUCCACCGAAACUGACCCAACAGAGUCCACCUUCUCCGUUCAGUUGCAUCACAUUGACGCAUUAUCCUUGAACAAAACCCCACAGGAACUCUUCAGCCUGAGGCUUUACCGCGAUUCUUCGCGAGUCAAGGCUCUGUCCUCCCUUGCCGCCUCAGCCGCAGCAGCCGGUGGACGGGCCGCAGGUGGGUUUAGCAGCUCCGUGAUUUCUGGUCUGGCUCAAGGCAGCGGUGAAUACUUCACGCGCAUAGGCGUGGGUACCCCUCCCAAGUAUGUUUAUAUGGUGCUGGAUACUGGAAGCGACAUCGUCUGGAUCCAGUGCGCUCCAUGUAAGAAAUGCUACUCUCAAUCUGACCCGGUUUUUGACCCUCGUAAGUCUAGAUCUUUUGCUGGGAUAGCCUGUGGGUCCCCCUUGUGCCGCAGGCUUGAUUCUCCGGGCUGCCACACUCGAAAGAAGACCUGCAUGUACCAAGUUUCGUAUGGUGACGGCUCCUUCACUUACGGUGAUUUCUCUACCGAAACGCUGACGUUUCGCCGUACUAGAGUUGGACGCGUAGCGCUUGGAUGUGGUCACGACAAUGAAGGGUUGUUCGUUGGUGCUGCCGGCUUGUUGGGACUUGGCCGGGGAAGAUUGUCAUUUCCCUCUCAAAGUGGUCGCCGGUUUAAGCGGAAGUUCUCUUACUGUUUGGUAGACCGGUCUGCUUCUUCUAGACCAUCCUCCGUGGUUUUUGGUGACUCAGCUAUCUCUCGAACCGCUCGGUUCACACCUUUGAUCUCAAAUCCCAAGCUGGAUACUUUUUACUACGUGGAACUCCUCGGGAUCAGUGUUGGUGGGACGCUUGUCCCCGGCAUCAGCGCAUCUCUAUUCAAACUCGAUCAGACUGGGAGCGGUGGGGUGAUAAUUGAUUCAGGCACCUCCGUAACUCGUUUGACUCGACCCGCUUAUAUGGCCCUUCGGGACGCAUUCCGGGCGAGAACCACCAAUUUGAAAAGGGCACCGGAAUUCUCUCUAUUCGACACGUGUUUUGAUUUGUCCGGGAUGACGGAGGUGAAAGUUCCAACAGUGGUGCUGCACUUUCGCGGUGCUGACGUGUCCCUGCCGGCGUCUAAUUAUCUGAUUCCUGUGGACAGUAAUGGGAGCUUUUGCUUUGCGUUUGCGGGUACAAUGAGCGGGUUGUCAAUCAUAGGGAAUAUCCAGCAACAGGGAUUCAGGGUCGUCUACGACUUGGCGGGUUCACGGGUCGGAUUUUCUCCACGCGGGUGCGCGUAAUCAGUAUACGAACAGAUACAUAAAUGUUUUUGGUAAAUCUGAUGCG